AUGAAUGACGGAGAUGUUUCGAGGCAGAUCCAGCAGAUGGUGAGAUUCAUCCGCCAAGAAGCGGAGGAGAAGGCGAACGAGAUCUCGGUCUCCGCUGAAGAAGAAUUCAACAUCGAGAAACUGCAGCUAGUUGAGGCGGAGAAGAAGAAGAUCAGGCAGGACUAUGAGAAGAAGGAGAAGCAAGCUGAUGUGCGCAAGAAGAUAUUCAAUCUUGAACUGUUGCUGCAGUGUUUGCUUCGGUUGAAAGAACCUUCUGUGUUGUUGCGUUGUCGUGAAGAUGACUUGGGUUUAGUUGAAUCCAUUCUUGAUGACGCAAAGGAGGAGUAUGCUGGUAAAGCAAAGGUUCAUGCCCCAGAGGUUUCCGUGGACACAACAAUAUUCCUUCCCGGUCCUCCUAAGUCUCAUGAUCCACAUGGUCUCCACUGCUCUGGAGGUGUUGUGUUAGCUUCUCGUGAUGGGAAGAUUGUGUGCGAGAACACUCUCGAUGCACGUCUUGAUGUGGCAUUCCGUAUGAAACUUCCAGUGAUCCGUAGGUCGUUGUUCGGCCAAGUUACUGCCUAA